CACAGCUGGCCUGGCUGCAGCCUUCCCUCCAGCCAGACGGGGCAAGGGCUAUGAACCAGUCCUUUCGCUGUCAGACAUCCACCUGGGUGGAAAGGGGCUCCUCAGCGACGAUAAGCGGUGUGCUCUUCAGUGCAGGGCUACUGGGCAAUCUCCUGGCACUGGUGCUGCUGGCGCGCUCCGGGCUGGGGUCCUGCCGGCUAGGGCCACUGCACCCGCCGCCCUCGGUCUUUUAUGUACUAGUGUGUGGCUUGACGGUCACCGACUUGCUGGGCAAGUGUCUGGUCAGCCCGAUGGUCCUGGCUGCCUACGCGCAAAACCGGAGCAUAAAGGAACUGCCUGCCUCAGGCAAUCAGUUAUGUGAAACGUUUGCCUUCCUGAUGUCCUUCUUUGGGCUAGCAGAGGCCUUACAGCUGCUGGCUAUGGCUUUGGAGUGCUGGCUGUCUCUGGGACACCCCUUCUUCUACCAAAGGCACAUCACUCUGCGCAGGGGAGUGCUGGUGGCGCCGGUCGUGGGCGCCUUCUGCUUAGCUUUCUGUGCGCUCCCCUUUGCUGGCUUUGGGAAGUUCGUGCAGUACUGUCCAGGCACCUGGUGCUUCAUCCAGAUGAUACACAAGAAGCGUUCGUUUUCGGUAAUUGGCUUCUCUGUACUCUACUCCAGCCUCAUGGCGCUGCUGGUCCUCGCAACCGUGGUAUGCAACCUGGGUGCCAUGUACAAUCUCUAUGCCAUGCACAGGCGCCAGAGGCACCAUCCUCGCCGCUGCUCCAGGGACCCGGCCCAGGCAGGCUCAGACUACAGGCACGGGUCCCUGCAUCCUUUGGAGGAGCUGGACCACUUUGUGCUGCUGGCUCUCCUGACAGUGCUCUACACCAUAUGUUCCCUGCCUUUAAUUGUGAGUUGCUGGGCAAUAACGUUUGAGAAACUGGGACACCUUAGGCAAGAGCUCUGUGGGAACUUGUGGGGGGUGGAUUGGGAGGGCUAG